AUGUUUCGUUCUUUAGUUCGUAUUAAUAAACAACAACUUAAUAAAAAAGUUACUAAUUUUAGAAGGAGUGCUUCUACAACUACACCAGCAAUUUCUGAAGUUGUCAAUAGAUGGAGUACAUUAUCAGUUGAUGAGCAAACUAAUGUUACAAAGCAAAUUGAAGAUUUACAAAAACAAGAUUGGCAAAAACUCUCUCUUGAAGAAAAGAAAGCUGCUUAUUAUCUUGCUUUUGGGAAUCAUGGACCAAGAGAAGAAUUUGGUCAAUCUGGAAAAACUGGUAAAAUAAUUGCAGGAGUUAGCGGUGUAAUUAUUAUUGGUUCAGGACUUUAUUAUUUGAGUAAAAUAGCUGUAACCGAUAAACCAAGAACUAUUAACAAAGAAUGGGAAGAAGCCACUAAUGAAAGGAUGAUUGAACAAAAAUCAGAUCCUAUAUCUGGUAUCUCUUCUGAAGGAUACAAAGGUAAAGGAUAUGUUGUUUCUGAAUAA